AUGGAGGCGCAGCUGCUGGCUCAGCAGCAGCAGAUAGCAGACCUGCUCGCGACGGUGCAGCAGCUACAAGCUCAUCAACGACAGCAACAGCAGCAGGCCCAACCAGCAGCACCAGCAGUGCGCAUCGCGCAGCGCUUCGAGGGCGUGCUGGACGCGAAGAUCAUGGGGAAGGUCAAGCAGUUCGACGGGACCAGAAGCAGCUGGUCAACUUGGGAGUUUCACUGGAGAGCUUACAUGCUAGAUGAGAAGGACCUGGAGCAUCUCGACGAUGCCAAGACUGCCGCCAUGAGUGUCGACGACGUGGACUGGGAAGACCUCUCGACACGGCUCUACUACAUGCUGCUAGUGCUGGCGAUGCCAGAAGACUCUGCAGGAGAGACCAUCAUGCGCAACGUGUUGCACGGUGAAGGUGGUCAAGCAUGGGUAUGCCUGAAGGCCGAGUACGAGCCCAACGAGCCUGGCAAUGUGGUCGCGCGCAUGAGGCAGCUGAUGCCCACACGGUUCCCGACGAACGCGGACGUGGCCAACGAGAUAGAGAAGCUGGAUCUCGAGAUCAGCAAGUACGAGAAGGCGGCCGACGAGCAGGUGAGCGACAACAUCAAGAAGGGGCUCCUGCUCGGCGCGCUGCAGAAAGAGAGCGGCUUGCAGAAGCACGUCUUCCGCAACCUUCGCAACCUCGCCACUUACCCCGAGGUGAAGAAUGAAGUCCUGAGCGCCCUGGAGGACAAGCCGAACCACCCGAGGAGGUGGUGCAGUCACUACGAGAAGCCGAAUCACGUCAAGGACGACUGCCGCAAGUUCAAGCGCGAGACGGAAGCCAAGGCCGAGGCAAAGACGAAGGCCAAGGACGAGAAGAAGCAGCGGAGAGCCACGACGGCAGCACUUGCCGCAGCGGGAGCUCAGGGGCCUCGCGGAGCUCAUCAUCAUCAGGGCCCGAGCACCAGCCCGAGUUCGCAGACGUUGACACCCAACGCAGUGUACGCGAUGACGCAGCUGACGGGACCAGGCUCCUCGGGAGCAACGUCGACGGCGAGCGCGCUACCCGCGAUGCCGCUAGGGGUGCGAGGGACCAACGGCCUCUUCGCAGAUCAGGACACGAUCCAGCCGAAGUGCAUAUUUGCCCUGUCGGUGGAGAUGUCGAAGCAGGGGUCGAGGUCCGCAGGGCGCGCGCGCUCGAGAGGCAGAGAUGACGGAGACAGUGUUCGUAUCGCGGCCGCCCGUGGAGUCCAAUGGAUCAUGGUCGACUCUGGAGAUCAGGUCACAGCGUUCCCCUACAAGAUGCUGAAGGACAAGGGCUACGAGCUCGCCAGCUCGCGCAUCUCCCAGCUGCAGGCCAUCGACGGCACGCAGGCCCAGCACUACGGCAGGACGGACGUCCGACUCAAGACGGGCCAGGGCGUGAUCCAGAUCUCGGCGGAGGCCGCCGACGUUGAGUUCCCCGUGCUGUCUACCGACGCGAUCACCAAGCAGGGCAAGUCGGUCAUCCACUCCCCCUUGGGCGACUGGAUUGUAGACAGCCCGAUCUCACUUCCGACGGCAGCGAGCUCGUUCAAGCGGACGAAGGAUCGAGGCACGUGCUAUUUGGAGUACGACGAGAUGCUGGACAGCGGGGCCACAGGCAAACGCGCGGCGCGCAUGGCGGCCAUUGCCGAGCCAGACAACUUCGAGGAGGUCGGCGACGAGCAGCUGGGCGAGCAGCUGUACAUCGGCGCGACGCGCAAGACCCUGCCAGCGCAGGUGCCAGACACGCAGGACCGACGGCAGCGACCGACGGCGCUUGGACCAGGCCCCAGCGAGAACGUCACCCUGAAAGCGAAGGAACUCUCCAGGCCAGGACAACCCUCGGCGGAGGAGAGGAGAGCUCACGUAGCACAUCAUCUUCCGUUCAGGUCACGGUGCAGCGAGUGCGCCAUGGGCCGCGGGAAGGGCGCCCUCCACGAGACGAGCUCAGAGGAGAAGAAGGAGGGCGAGUACCCCGUUGUGGAGAUGGACUUCUUCUUCGUGGCUACGGACGAGAUCGCCAGGAAGUGCCCCGUGAUGAAUGGCUACGUCGUCAAGGUCGUUGACUUUCGGAAGCUAGAGCAGAAGGGGCGGGGAGAGAUGCCCGCGAUCCUGAAUGUCGCGGACUGCAGGUCCAACGCGUCUGCCACGCUGUUCGGCUCCAAGCAGAUGGGCGACUACAAGGCGCACUGCGUCGCCAAGCUCAUCGACAGCUGGGGCCGCACGACUGUGAUUCUGCUCACGGAUGGCGAGAACGCAAUCGUUGCCGUGGCGGAGCGGGUGAAGAAGCUCAGGUCGCACUCCACGGCGGCGCGGCAAGGCCCAGCGUACUCAUCCAAGAGCAUGGGGCGCAUUGAGGGUUGCAAGCUCGAGCUCACGGAUUCCAGCCUCGCCUUCCUGGCCAACGCGGUCGGCUGGUACAUCGCGAGGUUCCAGCCGAGGAGCCGCGGAGGAUCCAGCUACAAGUACCUCUUCGGGCGAGAGUAUACUGGCGAGGUCGCGGAGGUCGGCGAGCAGGCAUGGCGCCGCAUCGCGCCCCGCGUUGCAGCGGGCCAGGGCAAGUUCGAGGCGCGCUUUGCCAAGGGCAUCUGGGUCGGCAAGUCGGAGUUUGACGACCAGCACUUGGUGGUGGACCUGCAGCGGGGCCUCCUGAAGGUGCGCGCAGUCCGCCGCAUGCCCGAAGAGUUCCGCUGGAACGCCGAGCUUGUCAAGCAGAUCGACGUCGCGCCCUGGGCCCCAGUACCUGAGAGAGUGAAGUCGAUUAUCAGGAAGUCCAUGUAUAUCACCGAGAACAUGCUGAACGCGCAUGGGCCGACGGACAACUGCCCCAAGUGCUCUUGCGGAAAGGGCCAGCACAGUGGCCAGCGCAGGCAGCGCUUCGAGACGAUCGCGCAGGAGAGGCUGGGGGCGAAGCUCUUGGAGGAGACCGAGGGCGGAGAGAUCAUCGAGCCGAACAAGCGACAGCGGAUCGGCACCCUGGUGAAGGCACCCGAGGUGGUGCUCCUCGCAGGCCUCUCGGUCUGCGAGUUGGCAGUCUGCGAGGAGGACGAUGACCAGGAGGAGGGCCCGCCUUGGGACGUGAUCCCGAAGGCUGCUGAGCGGUGUGACGGCCUGUGCGAGGGCCGUGUGGGGCGCUGCGCUUGCCGAUGCGAUCGCGACGGAGAGCGCGCGUGCAGGAGGUGCCUCAUCGGAGCUGCCAAGAAGCUCAACCCUGACGCGGAGUUCGCGGCUAGCCUGUGCGCGCCGCGGUCGAGACGCCGGACAUCUGAACGGUGCGACUGGAGCCGGGAGCCUGAGCCUGCCGCGAAGAUCCAUUACGAUUACUACACUGGAGAGCCCCUCGACGAAAUCAAGUACCAGAAGGGCAAGGCAGACGAACUCCAGGCCAUGGCCGAGCACGGCGUGCACCGCAAGAUCCGCAUCGCCGACUGCGUGCCUGGAGGCAAGCAUGUGGGAGGAUUCCCUAUUGCUCAUGAGAAGGCUGGCGAGGUGCGCAGGCGCUUCGUGGCGACCGAGGUGGCCCAUCAGCAUCGAGAGGACAACCACCAAGGCACCCCGCCGCUGGCGAUGAUCAGAUCGAUCCUGAGCUUAGCCGCCAGCAAGCCAGACAAGGACGGGAAGCACAGACGGUGCAUCCGCAUCUGGGAUGUCCGCAAGGCGUUCUUCAACAGCGACCUGCACGAGAAGAUCUACGUUCACCCAGGGAGCGAGCUCUGCGAGCGAGGCUGCUGCUGGGAGUUGCUCAAGGCGCUGUGCAGGACCCGCCUGGCUAGCCAGUUGCGGGGUGAGAGCGUGAAGGCUACCUCGGACGACGCAGGAGGCAAGGCUUUGAAGGGCGCGCCAGGCAUGUUCUACUUCGCCAACCUCUGCGGCGACGGCAACGACGCUACGAUGGGGGUGCAUGGCGACGACUUCAUCGCAGAGGGCCACAUCGCGACGCUGGACCAACUGGACGAAGUCUUGAGCACGGAGUACGAGAUCACCUCAUCUCCUCCACUCGGUCCUGGACAUCCUGGAGUGGCCCGCUACCUCAAGCGCAGCUGUGGCUACGUCGACCAACUGCCCGAGACACUACUGCCAGGCUUCUUCUGGCACGCCGACCCGAAGCACGUUUCGGAGAUCAUCAAGGAGGGCGCGAAGAUGGUCGACACGCCUGGCACCAAGGCGAUAUGA